GAAGUGAUUCGGUGUGUGAAGCUUCUCGCUGACACAGUGGCACACACCGAUUCAGCGGGCCAAAGCCACCGUGGUGUAUCCUUCACUCUUUAUUAAACAUAAAAAAGAAAUGUCUAAGUUAGAGAUGUUGAAUUCGUAUUUGAUGGAGCGGCUGGCUGUAGCUGUUCGGGAGAUACUGGAGGCGGUGGAAGCCACGGUAACGGAGUACCGCACAGAGACCGCGCAGACACGCAUCGAAAACGAAUCCCUCAAACAACAACUCCAAGAGCUUCUCACUACAGUGCGAGACCCAGUCCACAGGUCCUCCAAAUCUGUCUCGGAAGAAAUCUCUCCAUGUGGGCAGCAGGAGUGGGGCUCGAGCCUGGAAGAACGAGCAGAAUCUCUAGAAGUGACCCAGAACCAGGUGCUAAGUGAAGGUUCAAUUGGGAAGAAGACACUAGACGUGGAACCAGUUUGCAAAAAAGACCCAGAUCCUGAGGUGAAAACCCUAAGUGAUGACAUGCGUACGGAGAAUCCAGCUUCGGUAAACGCGGAGAACGAGAAUGAGAACGAGAACACCUUUCAAGAAAUAUCAUUGCCUGUCGUAAAAUUGCACAGAGUGAAGCUUGAAGAAGAAGAGAAGCAAAUUCCAGUAUCAUUACCAGACACUGACCUUCCUUCAGACUCUCAUUCGUACAGCACUGAAUCCUCUCAGAGCAUGCUCAGUCCCAGCACCGGCAGCCAUAAUGCCUUGAUCCCAGAGGUGCCAGAGAGACAAGAGCUCCACAAGACAGCUCAGCCGGAUCAGACCACGAGCAUGGAGAACAUGAGUGAAGAACUGCGCAACGAAGUGCUGUAUAAAUGUUCACAUUGCCGGAAGUCAUUCACAGAACUGAAAAAGCUCCAGAUGCACCAACAAGCCCACGAGCGAGCCUUCGGGUGCAACUGGUGCGGCAAGGGCUUCUACCAGUCGGCUGACCUUCGGCGCCACUUGCGUACACACACCGGAGAGAGGCCCUACUUAUGCACCUGGUGCUCCAAGAGCUUCAGUCAGAGGAGCAACCUGCGGCGACAUGUACGCAUUCACACAGGAGAGAGGCCGUACCGGUGCGCCCACUGCGAGCGCAGCUUCAGCGACAGCCACACGCUGAAGAAACACCAACGCAAGCAUUAUGACGAGCGCUACAGCUGCUCUCUCUGCGACCAGAGCUUCACGGUGGCCAGGUCGCUGCAGCUUCACCUGGUAAAGCAGCACUUCAUCGAUAAAGACUCUCAAAGUCAACAGCAAGUGGGCUUUCGGGAUCAAACAUAAAGUUUACUCCUCUCUUAGCAGCCUGGUGUUCUGAAGUAUUGAACUGCCUGAUCAUUUUCCCACUAUUAUUAUCCGUUUGGCAAAAGCUCAUAGUUUUGGCUGUGUAGUCAUGUUAGUAGGAAAGACUGACUGCUGUAAAACUUUGUGCUUUGUAUGAUACAGUGAUAUGUCCAUCUGAUUCUUAUCAGUAUGAUCUAACAAACAAAUAUGAUAAAGGUAUCUGCCCUGUGGAUUUUUUUUUUUUUCACUUUUGAAAACGAUAAAAUCUCUCUAUAUCCUCAUGAAAUAUACUCUUUUUUUUUCACAAGGAUUUCGCCAGCCCUGCAGCAUUUGCUGUGUUUCUUGCCCCCCCCCCGCCCCCCUCUGUUUAAUUAUUGUGUCACGUCACAUCAGCUUGGAGGUGUUGCAAAAAAAAAAUCCACAGUCCAAAUCCACAUUUUCUGCCGAGGUUGCAAAUAUGUCAGAACAGCAAUGUCGCUCUUUUUCAGCAACAACGAUUCAGUCUUUCUGGUGGAUAUGUAGCUGAUGAGAACACAUUGGGACCCUUGCACACGCACAUGAAAGCAGGUCGUUCGACUCUGUAUGUCGCAGGGUUGAGAUUUAUCGAUAUACUAAAGCUGCACUGAGUCAAAAUAUCAGAAAUAACAGGCAAUAAAUGUGUUAUGCUCUGGGGUGAUGUUUCUCUUUAAGUUUAGCCUAGGACUAAAUUCUUUUCUAAAGUUUGUUUAGUAUAAAGCACGAUCUGAGGAGUUGUGCUUUAUCUUUAGGGAGCAUAAUUAAAGGUGCAGUGUGUAAUUUCUUACAGUGCUGCUAGAACUGUAAUAGCAUAAUAUUACCCAUACCUUGGAAAAUUUGAAAUAUUGCCAAAAGUUUUGGAACACCCCUCCAAAUCAUUGAAUUCAGGCUUUGCCCCUUAGUUCCAGUGAAAGUAACUCUUAAUGCUUCAGCAUACCAAGACAUUUUGGACAAUUUCAUGCUCCCAACUUUGUGGGAACAGUUUGGAAAUGGCGCACCAGUGCACAGCAAGGUUUAUAAAGACAUGGCUGAGCGAGUUUGGUGUGGAGGAACUUAACUGGCCUGUACAAUGUCCUGACCUCAACCCGAUAAAACACCUUUGAGAUGAAUCAGAGUGGAGACUGUGAGUCAGGCUUUCUCAUCCAACAUCAGUGCCUGACUUCACAAAUGCACUUCCAGAGAAAAAUUCCCACAAACACACUCCUAAACCUUGUGGAAAGCCUUGUUAUAGUUGCAAACUCCAAAUUACAUUCAUGUGCAUGUAAAGGCAGACAUCCCAAAACUUAUAGAUAGAUAGAUAGAUAGAUAGAUAGAUAGAUAGAUAGAUAGAUAGAUAGAUAGAUAGAUAGACAGAUAGACAGAUAGAUAGACAGAUAGUCAGUCAUAUACACUGAAGAAACUAGAAAACUCCAGCUACUUUGCAAUAACCAAAAUCACUUUCGAAGGUAUCUUUGUUAUUAAUUCAUUAUUACUGACCUACAAACACUGCUACAUAAUACAGACUGCACCUUUAAGUGUUUUUGGUUUAUAUGGUUUCUUUAUGUGAACCAGGAUACUCAGCUAGAAAAUACCGAAUGAAUUGUUUUGAGUGAAUUCUAAAACCUAAGAACGGGUUUAGGAAUGCAAUGGUGGGAUGGAUGGUAGUAGGGCCUAAAAAAUGGUA